GAAACAUCAUGAACGGCUUCCUGCUCGUGACGUUAUGUUGCUUAGGAAUGGUGGCAGCGCAGGACAACUUAAUUAGCUUCCUUGCAAUGAAAAGAUUAUUUGAUCAAGCCAACCAACAGCCAGGAACUGCACAAAACACGAUAGCUUCAAAAGGACUGAGCACCUCAGACACUCCAGGAACUACCGGAAGUCAAAUGUUUGGAAGAACCAGCAGAAGAAGCAACAUGUUCCGAAACCCCAUGAACUGGUACGUUAUGGAUCAAAUGGUGGACAUUCCAGACGCUAUGAUGUGGCCCCUCCUUAUGGGUGGUUUUAACUAGACUUGGACUGAAUAUUUUGCCUGAUAUAGAAAUUAAUUUGUUUGCAGUUUACAAAUAAGCAUAUUUAAUUAACUACAAGUUACAUAAAUACAAUGUAGAACAAUUUUUUUUUUCAUUUUUAAGUUUAAUUUUGUAAUCUA